CUUUCAUGCGCCAUGAAACAGUGUACAGUAGCGACCUUGGGACAAGUUCCCGUUUCCCGGCGCAGCCGCGAGGCUUUGCGGUCUAUACAAUCAUUACUGCUCUAGUGUUCUCAAAGUCGCGCAACAAACAGCAUCUUUAAUAUUGUUGUGCUGCGUCGUUUUAUUGCUUGUCGGUGCAGUUUGUUGCUUGUAUUUUGAAACAUAUCAUCUGUUGAAAUUGUUUAUAAGAUUAUUGUUUGGAAUGGAGUGGAAAAGAUCUGGAGUACUCAAACUUAUUGAACUUUUCAAAAGAGAGCCAGUGCUGUGGAAACUUUCCCAUCCAAAUCACAAAAACUUCAAUUGUAGGAUCGAAGCCAUGAAAAGGAUUGCAGAAGAGAUGGAGACCACGCCUUCCGAUGUAGAAAAGAAGUUGCAUACGUUGCGAUCGCAGUAUUUGAGGGAGAAAGUGAGAAUAGUAAGGAGUAAAAGAGUUGCUACAUGUGCUAGUGAAAUUUACACUCCAAAAUGGCAGUAUUAUAAAAUACUGAGUUUCCUGCCUUCAACGAGCAAGCCUGAAAACACAAACUCAAUAAACUUGGUGGAGAAACUUGUUAAAGAUGUGAUCGAUGGUACCAACUCUAUACCAGAGGCCGAAAUUGAAGGAGAUGCAAAUAAUUCUAGUAUUCCAAGUCAAGCUCAGUUGUUUGGUGAGUUGGAAAAUGGAUCCCCAAGCCCCUCUCCACAAGUCUCUGCAUCUAAGAGUCGCAAACGAAACCCGGACUCAGAAUUGAGUGGAAUUGAAAAGAAAAUCAAUCUCUUGAUGACAUCCAGUGUGGGUAAAACUAGGGAUGAAAAUAUCUCUUUUGAUGAUUUUGUAGCUGAAGAAGUAACACCGACGAUUCGCAAACGAAACCCCGACUUUGAAUUAUUAAGUGGACAUAAGAAGAAAAUGAGUCACUCAUAUGAUGUAAUGACUUCUAAUUCAGGUAAAGCUAGGGAUGAAGAUACUUGUUUUGGUGAUUUUGUAACUGAAGCAUUGAAAAAACUGCCUGAUAGGAGAAUGAAAGCUUGGGUGAGAAGUAAAAUCACCAACAUUCUUUUCGAAGCGGAGUUUGGAGGAGAAUCUUCUCAACCUCAUUUUCAGCCUCAUCCAAUGAGUUCGACCAACUUUGUCAACUCCUCACAACAAAUGCAACAUUCCAGCCAACAUCAGUCUCCUUACAAUAGCCCAAACAGUUCAUAUGCAUCUUCCCACUCCCCCAAAACAAAUGACCUCUUUAAGAACAACUCCCCUUUACAAAUUCAAAUUACUCCUGAUUGAUAGGCCAUCUACCUCUAAGAGGUGACUAUUCUAAUACCUAAUUCGACAACAUAUAACAUGCAAUGGUCAGCAAAAACCAACAAAAUGGUCAUGAAACGAAACAAUUAUCAUGUUUUUCCAACAUUCAUUACUUUUUAUACAUAAUUUGCUUACAAGUAUAAAUAAUUAUUAUUUAAUGCUCUCAGCUCUUCAGAAUAUAUUUUCAUAUUUUGUAUAACUUUAAUAAAAUGUAAA